AUGCAGAUAUCGGAGGCGGCUGGGGGGGCGCCCGCCCCCGGUUCUGAACCUUGCCGGUUCCCAAAACUGGAGGAGUGCGCACACUUUCACUACGAGAGGGUGCAACUGCCUCAGAUCGUGGCAGUCGCGCUCCAUUCCAACAUGGACCAAUCGCUGCACUCUCAGCAUACCAACGAAGAAGACGAUUCGGAAUGGUACAUGGUGCAGGUGACAUCUGGUGAGGAAUGUUGGCUUCUGCAGAGGAAUGUGGAAAAUUUCAAAAUGCUUGACGAUCAACUUCAUCAAUGCAUUUUCGACAGGAAAAUUUCUCAUCUUCAAGACCUGUCAGAUCUCGCCGACACCACAGAAAAUAUAGAGAUUCUUUUAACCGAGUACCUGGAACGUUUCACCAAAAUUGCCGACAACUCGGUGAAUUGCGGCCCCGUCUUGAACUGGCUACAAAUGGACAAUAAAGGUCAUCGACUCCUUGUGCCCAGCGAAGAAAGUCGCUCUAUAAACACGCCGGCCGUCGCGGCGGCCUACAGCGUGCGACGCUACGUAUCGCAAGCAAGAGAUGAAUUAAAUUUGGAAGUUGGCGAUAUGAUUUCGGUGAUUGAUAUGGCGAGUCCAGGAGAAUCAAUGUGGUGGAGGGGGAAGCGCGGUUUUCAAGUGGGGUUUUUCCCCCAGCACUGCGUCCACAUCAUAGGCGACAAAGUCCCUAGAAAUAUGCCUCUACCUCCUCCAGUAGUUGGGUCGCUAGCGCUGACUCCCGUAAAACCGGUACUGAGGAGGCACGGCAAGCUGAUUACCUUCUUCAGGAGUUUUAUUUUGAACAGGCCGUCGCGGCGCCGACUCAAGCAAUCGGGGAUACUCAAGGAGAGGGUCUUCGGGUGCGAUUUGGGCGAGCACCUGUUGAACACUGACAGAGCCGUGCCUGCGGUGUUAGAGAGCUGCGCAGGAUUCAUCGAAAGGAACGGCAUAGUCGACGGGAUCUACAGGUUGUCUGGUGUCACAUCAAACAUUCAAAAACUAAGAAAUGCCUUUGACGAGGACCGCAUACCAAAUUUGUAUACAGAGGAAAUAUUACAGGAUAUACACUCUGUAGCUUCGUUGUUAAAAAUGUAUUUUAGGGAAUUACCGAACCCACUUUGUACCUAUCAACUGUAUCAGAGCUUUGUGAACGCCGUUCAAGGGUGUAGUACCGCCAUAAGAGACUCUGAAACUGACCACGGGAGACUGCUGAAGAUGAGGGAAAGCGUGCAGAAAUUGCCACCCCCCGCAUUACAGAACUCUAGAGUACCUGAUGCGCCAUCUGGCGAAAGUCGCCAAGCACGGCUCGGGCACGGGAAUGACGACGAGGAACAUCGCCAUCGUGUGGGCGCCAAAUUUGCUGAGGUGCGAGGCUUUGGAGGUGGGAGGCGUGGCGGCCUUGCAAGGGGUGGGGGUGCAGGCGGUGGUUACGGAGUUUCUCAUCUGCUACGCCGACCUGAUUUUCUGCGACCACCUGCCCAACCUCGACCAUCCCACGGCCAACUCCGAAUCUAGUCUUCUGUCGAAAAAGUGCCGACCCAACAGUCUCGCUUUAUCCACGCCCACUAAGCUGAUAACCUUGGAGGAGGCUCGCAACAAACAUCUGAUUAAUAGAAACGACGAUUGCGCUUACAUUGAGGUAGGAGGUGGACCUCAAAACCUGCCCUUGAAGUACCACACCGUGAUAGAGCUUCCCUCUGGCGCGAGGAAACGGGGUCACCCAAAAAGAUCGCCAAUGGGUUGGAGAUUAUUUUUCUCCAGAAACCGAAACAACGCAUCACAAAAUAAUAUGCAGAAAAAUAGGAAAGCUUCCACCCCUAUUACAGCCAGUGAUAAGUCGGGUACUGAAAGCGACUUAACAGACAUGAAACGAAAGCUUCGCUCUGUAAAGAGCGCUGAAAGUUUAACCUCCGGACAUUCAGAACCCGCAAGUUGUGAAGACAUUCUGGGACCUUUACACAGCCUUAAUAAACCUCCAGGCCACAAUAGGUCUGUAUCUCAUGAUUCGUACUUUGACACUCUUCAGGGUUCCCAGAACAAUUCUGAAGGUUCUCUGUUAGAUUUAAGCGAAAUUCAGGUCAACUUUGACCUGGAAGAGUCCGAAAUGAGAAUAUUUUCCGAGGAUGAGAGUCUAGUCAGCUCGCCAAGAAUACAAACAGAGUGCCAACGGCGCAUACUGACGCGCGCGCGUCCCGAAGAGUACAACAGUGCUACCAACUCAUCGAAUCCGUCGCCGAAAAAACAAGCGCGAGUCGUGCUAAGCCCGGAGUCGAUGUCGAGAAAAAGAACGAGGUUAGAGGACCAAUUGUCGGACAUACAGUACAUCGACUGUAAUACUCCGGAAAACGUUGUUUCCACGACGACCGCGAUGGUGCACGAUCUACCGGACAGCCCGGUAAUAGAGGAGAAAUUCCUGGUUAACUACCAACCCAAGAAUAAAUCCCCCAGAAACUCCGAGAACCUCGAGAACAAACGACAAUCACUUAACUUGGAGUCGAGCUCGCGAAAACACCCGACGAUACCGAAAUCGCUCACGGAAUUGGACAUGACGAAAAAGUACUUGGGUAUGGAGAGUUUGCUGGCCUCCCCCACCCCUCUGUCGCCGGAUUACAAGCAAUUGGGGGAAUCCAGUGCCAACACAACGCCGGAAAUGUCCCCGACUUCCCCCAGACCGCCUAGCUCGCCUAACUACGAAAACAUCCUGACCACGAUUAGUAUAACGUACAAAUCGCCGCCUAGAAGUGCGGCAACGUCGCCUGUGAAAGGUACGCCACCCGUAGUUAACGUAUACGAAAAUGUGACUAUAGAUGCUGAUCGCGUACAAAUUCCGACAUCGACGGCAUCACUGCCAAUUCAGGAAGCCACCCAGCCUGAAACUGAAGAAGGGUUUUUGAAGGCUGAAAAAACUUUGGGUAAAGAAGACCGCCCAAAAUCUCUCGGCGCGUUAGACGACGCAACCGCAAAAUCCACCUCGACCUUAAAACAAAACCUCAGCUCGACAGCUCUCUGUAAUACCAACGCAAGCGAGCAAAUAUCCCUAGGAAGCUUAAACGAUACAAAAAGCAUAGAGUCCAACCAAUCGCUCGACUCAAACGUUCAGUACACGCAAAGCUUGAGUUCCGCGCCCUAUCAGUUCAUAGAGAACUGCGAGCAGAGCGAUUUCAGUUUGAGCGAAGUGACUGAAGGUUUGACAAGCAGUCAGACCAGCGUCAGUUUGCCUCCGAGUCCAAGCAAGAGCUUUAACGUUAGUUCCAACCAGUUGGAUUUGCUGUUGAGCAAAAGUGAGGGGUCUAUGGAUAAUUUGAGGCCUUCUAGCGUCAAUUUGAUUGAUUUCUCUCCCGAGGAGUCACAUGUAACGAAUAACGAUAAAAGAAAGUCAUCUGAGACCGAAAGCAACGAUGAGAAUGCGAUAUACCAGCAAGUGAAGUAUUUCAGAAGGUCCAUACACGAAGUAAACGCUCUGUUAGAUCUGGAACACCAAAAAACCACCCUGCAAAACCCCGAAGAAGAACUAAACUACGACUCUCUAGAACCGGAAACUUUCCACGUCUAUGAGAACAUCCAGGGUGAAGAUCUGCGACAAGAUGCAAAAGUUGGUGAUACAACGAAGACUGAACUUAAGGAAGAAACCAAACCUACACCAAACCCUGAAGAAAAAACAACAGAUAAUCAAAAAAUGACGGUCAAAGACCUAACCUACAAGUUUCAAGAGAAGGAGCCGCAAUCGUUGCCGGAGGCUCCUACAGCGAUUAAAAUCAAAAAGUUCUACGAAAAAGAUAGUUUGCCGCCUUGUUUGAGGGCUAAGAAUCUCAAGAACCAGCUUAAAACGCGUUCAUUGGACGAAGAAGAGUUCCAGAAGGAGUUCAAUAUCAACAACCACCACUCGAGGCGCAAAUCUUUGGAUGAAGGCACCAAUUACAAAACGAAUUCCCUACCGAAAAUGCUGAAUCAGCCGAAAUCUCUCCCGGCAAACGACGCGUCCGUAGACACUAUUCAUCUGGCUCACAGCACGGAAAAUUUGAGCCACGGUUCGAUUAUAAGUUUGGGCGAGGAGGACCAAAAAAAGAGGGAGAGGAUCGAGAAGUACAAAGAGGAGAGGAGAAAGUUUCUGCACGACAAAUACAGGUCCGAAUCGUUCAAAGAAGACAAGGAGGUUCUUCUGUCCAAGUUUCGCAUCUACAAAACCUCUACCUCCAAGGAGGACUCGCCCCCCAAAACCCCCCCUUCGGCCCCCGAAGGGGAUAGACCGCCGCGCAGUCGCAGAAAAUCCUGCAACAGCAAGGAAGACGAUGUGGCAACAACGCCGAUUUCUCGAAAUGAAAAGGAGACGAAAACGAGCGAUUCGAAGAAAAGUGUCGAGAAAAUUGCUGAUAAAGAUAAAGGGGUGGCGACGAAAAUUGUCACGGAAAGUUUGAAGUCCAGGGCGGCCAUUUUCGAACAAAACCAAAGAUUACCUACAGGAAAUGACGUCACAAAACCCAUUCGCGCGUCCCUGCGCGAAAAAACCUCCGGCUUCGAGCCUAAAACAGUCGAGAAUCGCAGAUCGUCGCCGUCUGCGCAUGCGCAGAGUAAACCCAUCGAGGCGACAUCUGUUAUUGUGAAGGAAGACUUCAUAAGAAGGCGCAACCGCGACGACGAUCUGUUGAAACAGGAGCGGAGACGUCACACGUUCGAGUCCAGGGAGAGGGAAACGGAGCUGGAGCGGCUGAAAAGGGUCAGCAUGGAAAACAGGAGCCCUAGGCGCGAAAAAACGUCGCCGACGUACUGCAUUAAAGAUAUGAAGGCGAUUUUCGAAUCCAAAUCGAAAUAA